AUGGAACAGGACCAAGCAGCUCUCAGCAGGGCAGAGUUGUAUUCACGAAUCGAGAAGGUCCUUGGCGCUGGAUCACGAUACAAGGUGCACCAUCUCUCGACGCGGCCGACCAAGUCAGACGCCUUGUUCGCCGCUCCCCCGGCUACGAGGCCUCAGCGCACCUUCUGCGAGUCUCACUUUCUCACUCUCUCCCUCCCGUCCACUUCGAUCGAAUCUGCCACUUCCUCUGCUUCGCAAUCUGAACCCGGCCAUGUCUUCAUCUUCGCUAUCGAGAUCCUCGUCUACACCACUGCCUCCCUGACGACGCUGUUUGUCUCCAAAGCCGACUCGACCGGCCAUCUUCCCUCAUCUCCCCCUCAACCCCGCCAGUCGCCUAUCCGUCCACUCACCUCGACCUUUGUAACAUGGCUUGCCGAAUCCAGGCAGAGACCUGGCAUCCCGCUUGUCGUCUCGCUCUUCGCCAGAGCCCAGGACCAAUACCUCUUUCCCGGAAGUGUCGACCAUGGCGCAAAGCACGUUCUGGAUGACCGUCAACUCGUCAAAUGGUGGUGCAAGACUCUUGACCCCGUCCUGCGACUUCACUCCGACCAUGCCUACACCACUCGCGCCCAUGUCAUUGUCCCAGGCUUCGAUUCUUACGAGACCACCCAAUUCUUCCCCACCUCUCAUCGCUCCGACCCGACCGACAAUCGCAAAUGGCGACACGGCCACCCGCUCCUCGAAAUUGCUCCCAAUCCUUCCGCUCCGCCCCGCUGCCUCGUGCCACACUUCCCGGACGACCCAAAAGCUCGCUACCUGGACGAACUCGAUGCCGAGAUACCGGACUCGCAACCAAGCCAAUCUUUCUUCUCGCCCAGCAAGAAAGGCAAUGGCAUGUGGAAGAGCAUAAGGACGUUGGAUCAGUUUUGGGAUACCAUGGCCUUCAGACAAGAGUGUUCCUCUGGCCGAAUGGUCGGUUUCGUCUGGCUUGUCUUCACACCUACACAGCCUACCGUCCAGUCAUUGGAAGAUUAUGUCACAAACCUGACACCUGCCACUUCGUUCAGCGCAGACGACUUGCUUGGAGCAGACCAGGUCUUCUCGAGCCAGGAAAGCGCUGGUCAGCCCUCGGAGGCCACAAAGUCGAGUCCAAGAAAGAGUUUGAGAAGGAAGAAACUAUCGGGGCCGAUUAUACCUCGUCAACCAAAGAUCAAGUCAUCUUCUUCAAACUUGUCGUCGCGCUCAGACAAGUCAAGCAGCAAAGAGUGGCCAGAGAAGGGUCGCGGUCAGAUUGUACUCGAUCACUCAUCCUACACCAGAGUCCACGACUUGCUGUUGCGCCUCGACUUUUCAGAUGUAAAAGCUGCGACUGCCAGUACGCGCAAGUGGCUUGGUGAAGUCCCAGCCAUCACAUCUCCCGCUGCAGACUGGGGCAAUGAAGUCACUGGAGCGGUUUCGACUGCAGACCAGACUGCCGUCGCAGGGCAAGCGGCGACACCAACAUCUGGCCAAGUCAAUGACCUGUCUGGCAUAUUGGUUCGCAAAAAGAGGAAGAAGGCGGAUGAUGAAGCUCAGUCGCCGGCCGUUGUGAACGCGCCGGCGGUCAAUGUCUUGGGCGCUGCCAUGAUUCGGAAGAAGCCAAAGGUCAGCGAUCCUUGA